GUUUCUGUGAGGACAAUGGGGGAGGCAAAUGCUAGUGUAGAAGAGGAUGUAUUGCUCAGUAGCCCUGUGGAGACUGAGACUCAGCAGGACACAGUGCUCUCAGACAGUGGUAAUAAAUCAAUUGACACUGCAGAUUUGUUGAGGACUAUGAAUUUGCCUGGAACAGGACAUGAAGUGGAAGAAAAGGUUGCUCCAGUCAAAUCAUCUCGGCCAAAAAGACAAUUUUCCUGUUCUGGCACCAUUGAAACGAUCAAUUUGGAUGCAGUUCCCCAGGCUGUAGCUCGUCUAGACAACAGUGCAGCUAAACACAAGCUGUCAGUAAAGCCAAAAAAGCAGAGGAUGUCAAGAAAGCACAGGAGAUUAACAAAGGGAUCACAAAGUUUAACAGUAACAGAAUUUGAGCCAGAGGAUCUAGAAACUCAGCUAUAUGCAGACAGGUACCCAGGUUACAUCACAGCCGACAAGCUAAUCCAGAACAAAGAUGAACAGAAGGAGCUUAAGCUGGCAGAGGAGAAAAUAAAUGAAGAUCACUGGGGGAUCUUUGAGGCUGAAAGGAUAAAGCAGAUUGUAGAAAUGGAAGAACAAAGAGAAAUGGAAGAACAAAGGUGCCAAGAACUUGAGCAGAUGCAAAAAGAGCAGGAAAGAAGGCAUUGUGAAGAAGAGAGCAAGCAGCAUCUCCUUGAAGAAGAGACAUAUUUGAGAGUAGAAGAGCAAGCAUGCCAGGAAGAGGAGAGAAGACUGCUGGAGGCAGAAAAGAGGCAUGAGCUGGAGGAGCAGAGGCAGCAGGAACUGGAGCAGCAGAGGCACAAAGAACUGGAGGAGCAACAGAGGCGAGAGCUGGAGGAGGAGAAGCGGCAGGAACUGGAGAAACGACAGAGGCGAGAACUGGAGGAGCAGAAGUACCAGGAGCAGGAGCAGCAGAGGCGCAAGGAGCUGGAGGAGCAACAGAGGCAAGAGCUGGUGGAGCGGAAGAGGCUAGAGUUGGAAGAAUUAAGGCAACAUGAGACUGAAAAACAGUGGCAAGAAGAAGAACAACAAAAUGAUCUGGAGGAACAAAAAGAACUGGAGGAACAAAACAGGCAAGAAGAACAGAGAGAAGAGCUAGAGGAAGAGCUUCAAGAACCUGAAGUGAAACUGAAGGAUGAGAAAGAAGCUGAAACCCUCAAACAACAAAAGAAAAAGGAGAAACAAAGGCAGCAUUUGAAGGAGGAGGAAAGAGAAAAGAGAGAGGAGGAGCAACCUCAGCCAGUAAUGGAGAAGCAACAGAAAUGGGAAGAGCAGAGGAGACAUAAGCUCACAAAACAAAUGCACAUGGAGAGUGAAGAUAGUGUGCAACAAGAAGGACUGGAAAAGCAAGAGGAACAAAAUGAACAAGAGUGGAACAAGCUGGAGGAGCCGAAGAUAGACACAGAAGGACAAAAUCUUCAGGAAAAGCAGCAAGAACACCACAAAUCCUUAGAACAGCAACAGGAAAAGGAAAAGGAUCAGUUGUCUUCUGGAGGGGCUGAUAGGCACCCAGUAGAGGAGAAGCUCCAAGAAGACUCAAGACCCCCAAAAAUCAAACAGCCAGAGAAAGAAAAUAAAACAGCAGAAGAAAUGCUAGCGCAAAAACUGAAAAGAGAAGUUGAGGCUCAGGAACAAAAGCGAAUAGGGGAAGAACUAAGGUGGCAGGAGGUAGAUGAAAGGCAGACUGCAUCCAGACCCUUCACAUUUCAAGUGUCUUCCGGAGAGAAACAGAUCAUAUUUCAGAAAGUAAAUCUGAGCCCAGUCAUGCCUGUCAAAGGAGCAGGACUCUCUUCUUCAUCCAUCAAAGACUACAGGAUGCACACUUCCAGCAAGGGCUCUCAUACGCUCCCAUCAUCUGUGUGUGUCCCCCAUACAGCCAUUUUGGUCACUGGAGCACAGCUCUGUGGCACAGCAGUUAACUUGAACCAGAUAAAGGACACGGCCUGUAAGUCAUUACUUGGCUUGACAGAAGAAAGAAAAAACGUGGAUGUGCCUUCACCAGAGAAGGCCCAGAAAAGAAUGCCAGAUCCCAGACCUAGCAGCAGUAAAAUGAGAUAUGCACAAGAGACAUUGAACAACCAAGCCAUAUUAGCUGAGUGGGCCUCCAUCCGCUCUAGAAUCCUCAAGAAUGCAGAAAACAGCAAAUAUAAUGAGAAAGACCGAGUAAGUGUCUGCAGACACAGCGAUGACUGGACUCCCCGAGGACGAGGUGCUCCUCAUGGUAACUUGAGGAAAACCCUAUCUGCAAAUGCAAAGUUCUCGAUAACGCCAGCAUGGCAAAAAUUUUCAGAAACUUCAAAAAACAAUUCCGAUGCUGAGAAUGUGAGUGCAACAAAAGGCAAUGAAAAAGUGCCUGUGGGAAGAAACAUGGGCUUAUCCACUGAUUCAAAUGAGGAAGUGGCUUCUACUCUUAGGGAUAACUUAGCUGAAAUGGCUAAGGAGAAAAUGGAAGCCCACAGUGAAAUGACAGACAACACAGAAGGCUGUAAAUUUGCAAAAGAUCUUCCAUCUUUUCUUGUUCCAAGUUUUCCUCAUUCUCCAGGCAAAGAAUUACCCCAGUCAGAGUUUCCAGGUGCUCUGGAAAAUCAACAGAAUAAAAAUCAACAGAAUAAUAGCACAAGAAAAACAGAUAAAUCAGCACCGAAUGGAGAAGAAAAUGUUUCUCCUUUUGGAAUAAAAUUGCGGAGGACAAACUAUUCUUUACGUUUCCAUUAUGAUCAGCAAGUAGAGCAAAGGAAAAAGAAAAGAUACAGUGCUGGAGAUAGUUUUGAUGGCAUGCCUGACCCACUAGUUACAACAGAAAGUGAAAAAGAAUCCACUGUUUUCGCUCCACAAGAGAGUACAUCCCCUGGCGUAGGAAGAGCAAAUGUUCCUGGUAGUGUAAAAGACUCGAAAGACUCUUCAACUCCUGCGCUGGCGAUUUCACAGCCAGCGGGCACUCCACCGGUCCUACCAGCUACCAGCCAGAGUGCUCUCCCUCCAUAUGAGAAACCUACAUGCAAGUCACUGGUCACACAGAAACCUGCUUUAGCUCCAAAGCCCACCAGCCAGACGCCACCAUCAUCUCCUCUCUCUAAAAUGAACAGAUCAAACCUAGCUGAUGCUCUAGGGCAAAAGCUGGUUAAAGCUGAAUCAGAUGGUAGCUGGAAAAGAGAAGACAAACUAAAUGCGGUGUCCCCCGUAGCACUGAAUGAAUACAAAAAUGAAGAGGAAGAAACCAGAGAAAAGAAAUCGUUUUUCCCAUCUAUAAGUAUCCCGUGGAGAGAAAAAAAUGACAAAAAGCCUGAGCCACUGAAAAAAGAAAAACCAGUCCUCCAGAGCAGACACUCUUUAGAUGGCUCCAAAUUGAUGGAAAAAGUUGAAACUUCACAACCACUUUGGAUUACAUUAGCGCUGCAAAAACAAAAGGGAUUUCGUGAGCAGCAAGCUACCAGGGAAGAGAGGAGACAAGCCAGAGAAGCAAAGCAAGCAGAGAAGCUGGCUAAAGAAAAUGCUGCGCUAAGUAAUCAGUCAGAUAAUAAAAGCAGCAGCACCAAAGCAAGCACACCGCAGAAAUCCACCCCUCACGAAGGGGAGAAAAAAAUUGAGACUGCUGUGACAAGACUAGAAAGAAGGGAGCAGCUGAAGAAGUCUAAUACUCUUCCAACUUCGGUGACAGUGGAAAUUUCAGAUUCUGUUCCAUCAACUCCCCUGGCAAAAGAGGUGGCCAAGAGAUUCUCUACGCCUGAUGCUAACCCUGUGUCAACAGAACCAGCCUGGCUUGCAUUAGCCAAGAGGAAAGCAAAAGCCUGGAGUGACUGUCCACAGAUCAUUAAGUAAACUACAAAAUUAUGUCUCUAUUGCUAAUUAUUUAAUGGCUUUCUUCUUAUUUAUUAAGUUUUUUUUUUUACACGUAACAAAACUGAACUGCAUGUAGUGAAGGACU